UGCGGGUGAAGGGAGGGAUGUUUGGGGGGCGGGGGUCCCGAUGACGGCAUCGGAGCGCGCCGCGCCGGGGCGCCGAGCACGAUCGCAGGUCCCGGGACUGAGCUCGCACCCUGGCAGAUCCAAGAGCUGCCGUCCUUCAACAUGGGAUUGGAGGCCCAGAGGCUGUCUGGAGCUGAGGAAGCCCCAGUGAGGGUGGCCCUUCGAGUUCGUCCACUGCUGCCCAAGGAGCUGCUGCAUGGCCAUCAGAGUUGCCUGCAGGUGGAGCCGGAGCAUGGUCGAAUCACUCUGGGGCGUGACCGCCACUUUGGCUUCCAUGUGGUACUGGGAGAGGACGCCGGACAAGAGGCUGUGUACCAGGCUUGUGUCCAGCCCCUUCUUGAGGCUUUCUUCGAGGGCUUCAAUGCCACCGUCUUUGCCUAUGGUCAGACAGGUUCCGGAAAGACGUAUACCAUGGGGGAGGCCAGUGUGGCCUCCCUGCAUGAAGAUGAGCAGGGCAUCAUCCCAAGGGCCAUGGCCGAGGCCUUCAAGCUCAUCGAUGAAAAUGACCUGCUAGACUGCCUGGUGCACGUGUCCUACCUGGAAGUGUACAAGGAGGAGUUCCGAGACCUGCUAGAAGUGGGCACUGCCAGCCGGGACAUCCAGCUUCGGGAAGAUGAGCGGGGAAACGUUGUGCUGUGCGGGGUGAAAGAAGUGGACGUGGAAGGCCUGGAUGAGGUGCUGAGCCUCCUGGAGAUGGGCAACGCUGCGCGGCACACAGGCGCCACCCACUUCAACCGGCUCUCCAGCCGUUCACACACGGUCUUCACUGUGACCCUGGAGCAGCGGGGACGGGCUCCCAGCCGGUUGCCUCGACCCGCCGCCGGCCACCUGCUGGUCUCCAAAUUCCACUUCGUGGACCUCGCAGGCUCCGAGAGGGUACUCAAGACCGGCAGCACCGGCGAACGGCUCAAGGAGAGCAUCCAGAUUAACAGCACCCUGCUAGCGCUCGGCAAUGUCAUCAGCGCUCUAGGGGACCCUCAGCGCCGCGGCAGCCACAUUCCCUACCGCGACUCCAAGAUCACCCGGAUCCUCAAAGACUCCCUGGGAGGGAACGCUAAGACAGUGAUGAUUGCCUGCGUCAGCCCCUCCUCGUCCGACUUCGACGAAACUCUCAACACUCUCAACUACGCCAGCCGCGCCCAGAACAUCCGCAAUCGCGCCACAGUCAACUGGCGGCCCGAGGCCGAGCGCGUCCCCGAAGAGCAGGCUGUGGGUGCGCGUGGGCCGCCGCGACACCGCUCGGAGACGCGCAUCAUCCACCGUGGCCGGCGCGUGCCCGGCCCCGCAGGGGCUGCCCGCAAGGUGCGGGACUGGCUGUGCGCUGUGGAAGGCGAGCGCAGCGCCCUGAGCUCUGCCUCUGGGCCCGACAGCGGCAUCGAGAGCGCUCCAGCCGAGGACCAGACCGCGCAGGGGAACAGCGGGAGAAAGGGAGAUGAGGGGGCCCAGCAGCUGUUGAGCCUGCAGAGCCAGGUGGCCCGGCUGGAGGAGGAGAAUCGAGACUUCCUGGCAGCUUUGGAGGAUGCCAUGGAGCAGUACAAACUGCAGAGUGACCGCCUGCAAGAGCAGCAGGAGGAGAUGGUGGAACUGCGGCUCCGGCUGGAGCUGGCACGGCCUGGCUGGGGAGCACCAGGGCUCCUGCAGGGCUUGCCUCCCGGGUCCUUUGUGCCUCGGCCUCACACAGCCCCCCUGGGGGGUAUUCACGCUAACAUGCUGGGCAUGGUGUCCCCCACUUGCCUUCCUGGAGAAGUUAGCUCUGAGCAGCAGGUGACAAACAGCGGGGAGGUUAAGGCGGAGGUGCUGGCCCAAGUGGACAAGCUGGGAGGUAGCUCUUCCAGUGAGGAGGAAGGGGAGGAGGAGGAAGAAGAGGAGCCACCCAGGCGAACCUUACACCUUCGCAGAAAUGGGAUCAGCAACUGGAGCCAGAGGCCAGGGGUCCGGCCCGGGAGCCCACCUGACAGGAAGGGCCCAGAGGUCUGCCUAGAAGAGUCAGCUCCUGCCAACCCUGCUCCCCAUGCAGUUGGUGGCAGCAAGGUCCCGGUCCAGCCCCGCCAGGCUUCAGCUGCCAUGGCCUCGGAGUGGCGACUGGCCCAGGCCCAGCAGAAGAUCCGGGAACUGGCCAUCAAUAUCCGGAUGAAGGAGGAGCUCAUUGGUGAGCUGGUCCGCACAGGGAAGGCAGCCCAGGCCCUGAACCGCCAGCACAGCCAGCGCAUCCGGGAGCUGGAGCAGGAGGCUGAGCGUGUCCGGGCGGAGUUGUACGAAGGGCAGAGGCAGCUUCGUGAGCUGGAGGGCAGGGAACCCCAGGAUGCCAGCGAGCGGUCUAGGCUUCAGGAAUUCCGCAAGAAAGUGGCUGCAGCCCAAAGCCAGGUGCAGGUUCUGAAGGAGAAGAAGCAGGCAACCGAGCGGCUGGUGUCACUCUCGGCUCAAAGCGAGGCCCGGCUCCAGGAGCUGGAGAGGAACGUGCAGCUCAUGCGGCGACAGCAGGGGCAGCUUCAGAGGCGGCUCCGGGAGGAGACCGAGCAGAAGCGGCGCUUGGAGACAGAGAUGAACAAGCGGCAGCAUCGAGUCAAGGAACUGGAGCUGAAGCAUGAACAACAGCAAAAGAUCCUGAAAAUCAAGACGGAAGAAAUUGCAGCCUUCCAGAGGAAGAGGCGCAGUGGUAGCAAUGGCUCCGUGGUCAGCCUGGAGCAGCAGCAGAAGAUCGAGGAGCAGAAGAAGUGGCUGGACCAGGAGAUGGAAAAGGUGCUGCAGCAGCGGCGGGCGCUGGAGGAGUUAGGGCAAGAGCUCCACAAGCGGGAGGUCAUCCUGGCAAAGAAGGAGGCCCUGAUACAGGAGAAGACCGGCUUAGAGAGCAAGCGCCUGAGGUCCAGCCAGGCCCUAAACGAGGACAUCGUGCGCGUGUCCAGCCGUCUGGAACACCUGGAGAAGGAGCUAUCUGAGAAGAGCGGGCAGCUGCGGCAAGGCAGCGCCCAGAACCAGCAGCAGAUCCGAGGGGAGAUAGACACCCUGCGCCAGGAGAAGGACUCGCUACUGAAGCAACGGCUAGAGAUUGACAGCAAGCUGAGGCAAGGAAGCCUGCUGUCACCCGAGGAGGAGAGAACACUGUUCCAGCUGGAUGAAGCCAUCGAGGCCCUGGACGCCGCCAUUGAGUACAAGAAUGAGGCCAUCACAUGCCGGCAGCGGGUGCUGCGGGCUUCGGCCUCCUUGCUGUCGCAGUGUGAGAUGAAUCUCAUGGCCAAGCUCAGCUACCUCUCCUCCUCGGAGACCAGAGCCCUGCUCUGCAAGUAUUUUGAUAAGGUGGUGACACUCCGAGAGGAGCAGCACCAGCAACAGAUUGCCUUCUCGGAGCUGGAGAUGCAGCUGGAGGAGCAGCAGCGGCUGGUGUACUGGCUGGAGGUGGCGCUGGAGCGGCAGCGCCUGGAGAUGGACCGCCAGCUGACCCUGCAGCAGAAGGAGCACGAGCAGAAUGUGCAGCUGCUCCUCCAGCAGGGCCGAGAGCACCUUGGUGAGGGCUUAGCAGACAGCAAGAGGCAGUAUGAGGCCCGGAUUCAAGCUCUGGAGAAGGAACUGAGCCGACACAUGUGGAUAAACCAGGAGCUGAAACAGAAGCUUGGGGCAGGGAACACGGCAGGCCAGAGCCGAGGUGGGGAGAGGAGAAGCCUCUGCCUGGAAAACAGACAAGGCCUUGGAAAUGAAGAUGGGCUCCACCCAGCAGCUCCUGAAGCUCUCUGGCAGUCCUCCCUUCUGGAGGGGGCGCCCCGUGCCUGGGAUGAGAGCAGGGACUUGGUCCAUGCUCCACUACCCCUGACGUGGAAACGCUCAAGCUUGUGCAGCGAGCAGGGCUCCUCUGAGGAGCUGAGGGCCCGUGAAACAACUGAACCCCCAGGAGGGCGGGUGCUAUCCAUGGGUGAAGCAGGCCUCUCCUGGAACUUUGGACCCUUGCCUAAGCCCCGGUGGGAACCCCGAAGAACCAGCCCAUGGAUGAUCGAUGUCAGGAAAAACCCCCUGUAGGCCUUGGUCAGGUCCUGCCUCCGAAUGCAGUCCUGCUGAGAGGCUGCCUGUUGGCUUCUGUGAAGAACAGCCUCACCCUGUAAACCCUUUCUCAUCUUUACACUGAUUGGAGUCAGCAAAUUCGGGCUGUAGCCCAAAAGAACCGGACUUUGUCCCACUGUGGUACUGGGGAUCAAAUCCAGGAAGUCUUUUUUUUUGAAACACAUGUGAACUCCUACUACCCCUUUAAGCUGUAGUAGCUGACAGCUACCUUCCAUCUGUGGGACACAGCUGGAGGUCAUCCAAGGCUUGUCACAGAAUGGUCAGUGACAGCAGGGCUAAAGCUUCGAUGGUCUUGUGUAGGUGGGGAACUAGGAAAGUUAUUACCAUUUUUAGAAUUUUUUAAAAUAUCAUUUAAUAAUAAACAGAAAUAAUCUCA